AUGGCUGACAUCGAAGGUAAAGUCUCCAAGGCCGAGCAGCAGGAGACGCUUGCUCCUGUGAAACCCUUCCACCAUGGAGAACUGGACCAGGAAACAGCAGCGUACGCGAACUCGACCGCCAUUCAUGUCGACAAGGCGACCAACCGACGCUUGUUUUGGAUGAUCAACCGCCGCGUGCUGGUGUGCAUGCUUGCGACAUACUUCUGUCAAUCACUCGACAAGGGCACACUCGGCUUUGCUUCGGUCAUGGGGAUCCAGAAGGACGCAAGUCUCGUCGGCAACGACUACAGUUGGCUGGGGACGAUCCUGUACGUUGGCGUGUUGGUAGGAGAAUACCCGACCAACUUUCUCCUGCAGAAGCUGCCUGUGGGUAAAUACAUUGCGACCAAUGUCUUUCUUUGGGGUACUGUGAUUGCUGUAAGUGAAUCGUCCGCGGUCCGCGAGUUCGAGGCUGAUCCUCUGCAGUGCAGCGCUGCGGCGACGAACUUUCCUGGUUUGAUGGUCGUGCGGUUUCUUCUUGGUAUCUUCGAGUCCUGUGUGCAGCCAUGCUUCAUCCUCAUGACAUCGAUGUGGUACACGAGAUCGGAGCAGACGAUUCUGACCAGUUUGUGGUAUUGCAUGACGGGUGUCCAACUCAUGGUCGGUGGUCUCCUUGCCUACGGUGUCCAGCACUACCAAGGCCACUCCAUCAAAUCCUGGCAGCUUCUAUUUCUUGUCCUCGGAGUAGCCACCUGCGCCUGGGCUUUGUUCAUGGGCUGGUAUCUGCCCGACAGCCCCAUGAAGGCCAAGUGCUGGAGCGAGGAGGACAAGCGACUGAUGGUCGAGCGAGUGCGCGCCAAUGAGACUGGUAUUCAGAACAGGGUGUUCAAGAAGUACCAAGUGCUUGAGGUGCUCAGAGACCCUGCCGUCUGGCUGUACGCUCUGUUGCAGAUAACCAGCUGCUUGAUUAUCGGUGGUCUAGGGGUCUUCUCCAACAUCAUCAUCAAGAGCUUCGGCUUUACGACUCUGCAGACGCAGCUGCUCAACAUUGCACAAGGUGGUGUCACUAUCGCUGUGAUGGUCGGCGGUGCGUCCCUGGCCACCUGGACCAAACAGACCAUUCUCAUCAUGCAUCUGUGGACUAUACCCGCCAUUAUCGGAACGGCCAUCAUCUUCACCAUCCCUCCCACACCGAAGACGCGCGCUGGCCUGCUCAUCGCUUUCUAUUGCACACAGUUCAUCCUCGCCGAGGGCAACCUCCUCUUCUCCCUUAUCUCGAGGAAUGUGGCCGGACAGACCAAGAAGUCUACCGUCCUGGCGGUGACCUUCAUCGCCUGGUCCUCCGCCAACGCCGCCGCACCCCAGAUCUUCCGAUCCGAUGACGCCCCGAGAUACCACAAAGGCCUGACCGCUCAUUUCUGCUUGUACGCCCUCUUCAAUAUCAUCCUCCUGACCCUGCGGACUGUCCUUAUGGCCCGUAACCGGAAGAAGAGAAGCGCUGCUGCGGCAGCCGCCCAGGUUUCGCCAUCUGAGACGUCGGUGGACGAGAAGAUUGAGCACUCGAAUGCCUUUUUGGAUUUGACGGACAAAGAGAAUCCGGACUUUAGGUAUGUUUACUAG